AUGGAUAUCUUAGGUUUAGGAUCAAAAGUUGAUGUUGAAUUUCUACUUGAUCCUCAAGGUCAACGUAAACAGAUUGAAGUUAAAAUUGAUGAAAAUAAACGAUCAUUGCAAUAUAUUUAUUAUGAUGGUGAAGAUGUGAAUGGAACAAUACAAAUUAAAUUAAAGAAAAAUAGCAAAAUAGAACAUCAAGGGAUUCGUCUGGAAUUUAUUGGACAUGUUGAAAUGCUUAAUGAUCGAAGUACAGUUCAUGAAUUUUUAAAUCUAUCAAAAUUACUUACAUUUCCUGGUGAAUUAACUGAAAGUACAUCUAUGGAUUUUGCCUUUCAAAAUGUUGAAAAACCUUACGAAUCCUAUAUUGGUAUUAAUGUUAAAUUGAGAUAUUUUCUUCGUGUAACAAUUAUAAAACGUUUUUCUAAUAAUGUCUUUGAACGUGAUAUAUGUGUUCAACAAUUAUCACAAUUUCCCGAAAUAAAUAAUAGCAUUAAAAUGGAAGUUGGUAUUGAAGAUUGUUUACAUAUUGAAUUUGAAUAUAAUAAAUCGAAAUAUCAUUUAAAAGAUGUUAUUGUUGGAAAAAUUUAUUUUCUACUUGUUCGAAUUAAAAUAAAACAUAUGGAAAUAGCCAUAUUAAAAAAAGAAAAUACUGGUAGUGGACCAAAUAUUUAUGCUGAAAGUGAAACAAUUGCAAAAUAUGAAAUUAUGGAUGGUGCACCAGUUCGAGGUGAAAGCAUUCCAAUUCGUUUAUUUUUGGCUGGUUAUGAUUUAACACCAACAAUGAGAGAUAUUCAAAAGAAAUUUUCUGUUCGAUAUUUUCUUAAUCUUGUUUUAGUUGAUGAAGAAGAACGACGUUAUUUUAAACAACAAGAAAUUGUUCUUUGGAGAAAACAAGAAAAAGAUAAAGAUAAAUCGAAACAAUCAGCUCAACAAUAUGCUCAUUAUGAACGACCUGAAGCAGCAACUAAUAAAUCCGAAGAUAAUGGAACAGGAGCAAAUUCUGGUGAAAAUUCAUCUGUUAAUGGACCUUUAUCAUCAGAAAAUAAUAGUGAUAUACCCAGUGAUUGA